AUGGGAGAUACAGAAACCAAAUCAUUCCUCAUCAUCAACCCAAACUCAUCAAAGUCAGUCACUGAUAACCUAAAGGAUCUUUUACCAAUUCCACCAAAGACAAAAUUAGAAUUCUAUACAGGCCCUUCAACUGCUCCACCAGAAAUAGAUGGUCCAGAAACCUCAAGACAAUCAACUGAGGCUUGUUUCCCAGACUUGAGAGAUAAUCACAUGAAACAUGAUGGGUAUUUAGUAUGUUGUUACUCAGAUCAUCCUUUGAUUUACAAACUACGUGAGAUCACAAAGAAACCUGUUCAAGGUAUAUAUCAAGCAUCAAUCACAUUUGCUAGUACAAACUUCCCAGAAAAAUUUGGUAUCUUAACAUCUACAAACUCUUGGGAACCAAUAUUGGACGAAGCUGUGAAGACAUCUUUUGGUGGCGUCGAUAUCCCAUUGUUUACAGGUACAGUUGCUGCUAAUGUUAACGUUUUGAAACUUGGUGAUCCAAAAUAUUUCCAAAAAUUAGUAGAAAGAGCUAAAAUUUGUGUUGACUCAGGUGCUAAAACUAUUCUUUUGGGGUGUGCAGGUCUUAGUGGAUUAGAGAAUAAACUUGAAGCCGAGUUUGAUAACGUUAAAUUUAUUGAUAGUGUUGCUUUUGGUUCAGAAUUACUAAAUACAUUGGUAAGAUUUGAUAACUAA